GAUUUAUUAACAGAAUAACGCGCGUGUACGUGUGUGUGUUUGUGUUUAUGUAUGUUAACGGCCCCGUAUUUUCAGCUCAUUCCUGAUCAUUUUCACUCGCUCUCCGUUCCGACUUUUUUCAUUAGAGUUCACAGGCUCUGUUUUUGUCUCACGCUUUGGAUUUUGUCGUACAUUUGGAGUCCUGUUUUACAUUUAAACAGAAAUACUCAGGAAUCAUGAGUUCUCAGGUGAGGCAGAACUUUCACCAGGAUUGCGAGGCGGCCAUUAACAGACAGAUUUACCUGGAGCUGUACGCCUCAUAUGUCUACCUGUCCAUGGCAUUUUACUUUGACAGGGAUGACAAAGCUUUGCCGAAUUUUGCCAAGUUUUUCCACGAGCAGUCCAAAGAGGAGCGAGAACAUGCAGAGAAACUGAUGAGUCUACAGAACCAAAGAGGAGGACGAAUCUACCUGCAGGACAUCAAGAAGCCAGAUCGGGAUGAGUGGGGAAGUGGUCUGGAAGCUCUGGAAUGUGCUUUGGAUCUGGAAAAGAGUGUUAACUUGUCAUUACUGGAACUUCACAAGGUGGCAACUCAACACAACGAUCCACAUAUUUGUGAUUUCCUGGAGACCCAUUACCUGGCUGAGCAGGUGAAGUCUAUUAAGGAGCUUGCUGAUUGGGUGGGCAGUCUGCGGAGGAUGGGCGCGCCUCAGAACAGCAUGGCAGAAUAUCUGUUUGACCGACACACUCUGGGAAAGGAAAGCUCUUAGACAAUCUUUAUCUCUCCAUUAUGUCCUGCAUGUAGUCUGUUACACAGUCAAACCUCUGCAUGUCACAUGAGGGUCACUGCUGUGUUGAAAACCCUUUUGUAGUUUUAAGAAAUUCUGCCCAACACUCUAUAAGCCAUAGUUGUAGUGACCAAACACUGUCUAUGCCAUAAUUAUUGUCCAAAAGUACUAAAUACACUAAAGAAUCCUUGAAACAUCAACAAUGUUCUGUAUUUAAUCAUUGAAUUGAGUUGAUCGCAAUAAACACAUAUAAAAUGUUCA